AUUUUGAUACCUGUAGUAUUUAUCUGGGUGCGUGGGUGCCUGGGAAUUGGGAAAUAACGUAUAGCAUGGCCAGACGAGAGUGGUGGUGCCACCGGCCACGAGCAUAUAAAAGGGAACGUUUCCAGUCGUAGCGAUUCCAUUCAGUCGAACUCUUUGGUUCAGUCGAGUACCAGCACGCAUCGUCUUCGUCUAUUCAGAAUCUACCCAGCAGCAAUUGAGCAAGAUAUAUUAGAGGCUACACGAUAGCUCCCUUUGUAUUUCGUUUGAACAAGAACUUUGGACGAACGGAUCAAAAAUCAAACAACAUGAGUGCUGCAUUUCGAUUGGCUCUCUUUAGUUUGCUGCUUAUCAUCCACUCUGCUCGACCCAUGAGUGUCGCCAAGAGGCAGAGUGGCAACAACGGCCAAGCAACGCUAUGCGGACUCCACACUCCCUGCGGUUGGGGAGUAUACAAUUCAAAUACACGCCAGAUGGACUAUUUCGUCCGAAACAUCUGCACGUGCAACCGACCGCAAGAGCGUUGCUUGCGUGCGGGCGACGAUGUAUCCAUCUCAGCUUACGUCUACCGUUGCGUCCGGAGUCGAACUUCUCCACUGGCCGGAGGCAGCGCUUCUGCCGUCGGUGCCGGAAGAAGCUCAAUUGAUACGGCGGCCAAUUUGAUCGACAUGAAAUUGUGAACAUUCAACAAAUACAAAAAAAAAAAAAAGUGAAAAGAGUAUUAAAAAAGAAACGAAAAAAUGUAUGCGCAAAAAAAACCCACCUACUUAAAAAGCGAACAAAUGGCUUUUUUUAAAAACCUUCAUACUCACUUUGAUUUUGUUCCUCUGCGCGUCAGUGUUUAUUAUAUCUUAUUCUGAUCCUGACAAA